GUUCUCUACGCCUCUGUACGUGGGGCAGAUUUUGGUGGCGCUUGGUCAAGGCGGCCCCGGCUCGGGCUUCAAUGGCAGAGCUCACUUUGAAAAAAAAAGUUCGCGCUGCAGACUUCACGACCGCAACCUAAGACUGCAACCAUAAGUAGUCCUUCGCAACCAACACAAUGGUCAAGGCCGUCGAAACGAAGAAGUGCAAGAGUAGGUGCUCUCAUACAUGUUAUAUCAUAUUUACAAUGUAAUAAAUGCUAAUUCCAUCACAGCUUCGGUCGCAGAGAGCGGGGCUGAAAAGGUCAAAAAGCCAAAGAAGGUCGAAAGUUCUCCAGUCGUAGCAAAGAAGCGCAAAGGUAGGGUUUGGAAUGUUUCAAUACAUGCGACAAUGUAUACUGACAUGUGCUUACGCAGCUGCUGACGACGAGGCUGUACUCGCUGUCAAGAAACCAAAGAAGUCUGCGAAGACCACCUCGACCGAAGACUCGAUCGGAAAGGCCAAUGGAAAAUCAAAGCCCGCAAAGUCAACAAAACCCACAGCUAUAGUCGAGACGGAGGUUAUCGUUGAGUCGGAACCCCAGGCAGCAGAUGCGGAUCAAGACGAGGGCGAUGUUUCUGAAAUAGACGACCAGACUGAGGCACUCCUCCAAGGAUUCGAGAGCGACAGCGACGAGGAAAUGCAAAAUGCGGCAAACGAAGACGCAUAUGUUGCUGGCCAGGAUAUUCCUGUUCCAAAACUCACCAAGUCGCAAAAGAAAAAGAUGCAGGCAGCUUUGGCAGAUGCGGAAUCGCAAAAGCCUGGUGUGAUCUACGUCGGACGAAUUCCUCAUGGUUUCUACGAACACGGAAUGAAGGAAUACUUCAAGCAAUUUGGAACCAUUUUGAACCUUCGCCUAUCACGAAAUCGCAAGACCGGACGAAGCAAGCAUUAUGCUUUUGUUCAAUUUGAAUCUGCUGAGGUUGCCACUAUUGUUUCCAAGACUAUGGAUAACUAUCUCAUGUUUGGACAUCUGCUGAAGGUCAAGAUGGUUCCAAAUGAUCAAAUAUCCCCAGAUCUAUGGAAAGGCGCCAACAAACGUUUCAAGACGGUUCCUUGGAAUAAAAUGGAAGGUCGAAAACUCAAGGCUCCUGCAUCAGAAAAGGUAUGGGACGCACGGGUUGAGCGUGCGGAGGAAAGGAGAAACAAGAAGGCAGCGAAGCUUUUGGAGAUUGGUUACGAAUUUGAAGCUCCCAAGCUCAAGUCGGCUAAAGGUCUUGCACAAGAGCACCUCGAAGCACCAGCCGUUGUCGAAGCUGAACCGGAGGCUGUCAAGGAAGAUGUAGAAGAUGUCAAGGAGAACCCAGUUGUUGAAACUACGACCAAGCCAAGAAACAAGAACAAGAGAAAGGCUGCUGAGGAGGCCCCGAUUGUCGAUGAUGCUAUCAUUGCCAACUCAGGAAAGGAGGCAAACAAGCCAAAAAAGAAUAAGAAAGCAAAGACUGUCGAUACCAAGACUGUGGUGGAGGAGAUUGUGCCUGUUGUGGAGACUCCUGUCGAGGAACCAACCAAGCCGAAGAAGAAGGGCAAGAAAUCCAAGGUCGAGGAAGAGGUCGUUGUUGCACCGGAGGAGGCUGUUGAAGCGGUGGAAGAGUCGGCUAAACCAAAGAAGAAGGCUAAGAAGGCAAAGAAGGCAAAGGUGGCCGACAGCGCUGAGAUUCUGGAUGAGACUCCUUCCACCGAACCAGCAACAAAGCCAAAAAAGGGCAAGAAAUCGAAGAUUACUGAGACUACUGAGGUGACUGUGACCGAGACUCCUGCUGAUCUACCGGAAAAGAAGGUCAAGGCAAAGAAAGUCAAAGUUGUCGAAGAUACUGUAGUUCCGGAGGAGAAAGUAAAGAAGACCAGAAAGGGAAGAAAGUCUGUUUGAGUGUAUCAUCUUGGGCGUUAAUGGGAGAGUCUUUUUUGGCGAUGUCAAGAAGUCCGCUUUUGCUGGUUAGAUCUACUUGUGUCUACUGUACCUAGCCUUGCAGUAAAUUAUUACCUUUCUCAUGUCGAUAGUUCAAUAAAAAUUGUGUUUCUAU